CACCACACUCGAUAUCAAUAUUAUCUAUCUCAUUUCCAUCUGCUACUGUCUCGCAUCGAUUAAUCUUUACCGAUCAAGCAACAUUCUGGUAUCGCGAUGGCGAAGAUAGCCGACUUAGCAAGAACCCCUGAUUUGAAUAAUCAGAGGGUGUACUUAGAUAUUUUUGGAGAUGAGAAGAUGAACUGGAGAUUGAGGAAUAUAUACGAGUACGGCUCAUUCCCGACUUACUGCGACCCUACGGUAAUGAGCAAUAAAGGGCGAGACGACAAGGAGAAACACGUUCAGAUAGAUGACACAACGUACUUGGUCAUUGUCACCGAGCAUGUUGAAGAAACCAUCAAGUACUGCUUUUGGAGUCUGCCGCUCAAGACCCCUAUCAUUGUCCUUACUUAUGAUGUCUCUUCCAAGGAGUCAUUCGAACAUCUGAAGAGUAUCUAUCAAAGGAUCCCUGCACCGGAGAAUGGGAAACUACGUCUUAAGCCAGGCCAUCCUCAUCCCACACCCAUUCAGGACCUUUGGGUUCUGGCGAAGCGCUAUCCCGUGAUGACCAUCGGAUGCAGAUAUCCCGAGGAAAGCACAAGAGAAGUGGAGGAAGCCGAUGUGGAUUGUUUUGUUGAACAGCACACUGAGUGCAGGUUUGUUGGAGAGUGCACGCCAGACGAGGGCGAGAACAAAAAUGUCGACAAGGUCUUUCAGUCAGUUCUAGAGGUAUAUCACGAACUCCGGAAGCAUGCUAGGCGAGAAGAAGAUCUCUAUCGUGCGGCUGUUGCCAGUCCUCAAAGGAAGAAAAGGCUGUGUAUAUUGCAAUGAAAAGAUC